GUUACAAAUGUCAGUGCAAAAAAAGGAUAUUGCCGUACUUUAAAAAUGUCAGUGCAAAUGUAAGACGUUCCGAUUGAAAGAUCUCAGUGUAGACUUUUACGAAAAUCAAUUAGUGUAUUAGUCGUCCCAGAAUUCAAAUCGAACGAUGGAUCCCGCAAAGUUGGAAGGUGUUUCGAGGCAAUCGUCCAUUUUAAAACCCACGAAACCACGUCAGCCUCUGCAGUGUGUUGCUCCAAAUCCUGAUCCCUUGGAGAGUUCGCCUACCAUAAAAUUAAAGAGAAGAGUCAGUUUUGCUAAAAACAAGCGUAUCAGGGAGUUUUGCAAUGAAGCCGAGCCAAAAGCAGUUUGGGAUGAUACCUAUGAAGAGCAUGACUCCAGUGGCACGAAAAGCAACAGUACAGGUGGCAACGAACCACUGACUAUAACAGUUUCAUGCCAGGACAAAGAGAAUUUUCCAGUUCAACUGUUUUUACGGACUGACCAGGUUGAAUGUACAGAAAUUUCAUCUAAUACUCUUGCGAGAGAUGAUAACUUAUCACAGUGUGAUAUGGAAAUGGAUAAUACUCUGAACAAUCCAGGGUUGCAGAAUGAAGAUAAAGAGAAUGCAACGAUUUAUUGUGAUGAUGGCAUGGAUACAACUUAUUUGCCAUCUAGAAUUAUUGCGUGCCAUAAUCAAUGUACAGACUACCUAAACGACAAAGAGUGUAUGGACAUAACAGAUAAUCUACCUAUGGUACCUUGUAAAAAUUCAACAGCUCAUCAGAGCAAUAAAACUCACAUGCUUAAAAACCAUGGAGGCAAUUCAACGGAGCUUACUAUUGCUAUCUCACAACUGUUGGGAGCUGGUCAUGUAAAUAAACAAUCAUCCGACCCAACUAACAGUCAAAGUUUGAGUGAAAACAUUGAAAACACUGCACCAAUGGAAUUUACUUCUGUGAUUCCUAGCUCUACUUGGAUAAAACCAAAUAGUAUUUGUCACAGUGAAAAAAAAAUAGUAAUUGACAAGCGGGCAACAGACCUUUCGAAUGCAACACUACAAAACAAUAUGCAUGAUGAAAUAAAUACAGAUGGAACUUCUAUUUUGUUAGAAAAAACUAAGAUAUUUGGAGACGAGUCCAUGGAAAUAACAGAAGCAAUGCCACUUCAACAAAUCGUUCAAACAAACCUUCGUCUUUGUAAUACUGUCCCAGAAACGAUAAAAACAACAGAAACUGCAGCUUAUAAACAUAUUGAGUGUACACGAAAAAUUUCGGAUGAAUCGUUGCAAGAUAAAACAAAGAUCUUUAAUGAAUCAGUAGAAGCGACCGAAGCCAUUCCCGUUUAUAUUGAAAAUUGUGAAAAAGUGCCGAGAAAAAAUGGUUUACACCCAGAAGAUAGGGAUGUAACAAAAUAUUUUAAAGAUAAAUCAGUUGAAGUAACUGAAGCUAUUCCUGUUUACAUCGAAAAUCGUGAUGAAAUUCAAAAGAAGUGA